AUGGCCUUUGUACUAGCUGGAGAGGUGCAGUGGCAUGAGGGAGAGAAGAAAAUGCAUCAACUUAUGCAUGUCCCCUAUGAGGAGAACCCUACGGCAGCUUUCUUGAGCCCAGGCGCAGCUGCACUGGCCCAAAGAUGCCCUCUACUUGCAUUAGGGACGUUGGAUAAACAAGGCCGCCCAUGGAGUACAAUAUGGGGUGGACAGGCUGGAUUCGUUGGCCCAGUUGCUCAAUCCAUCAUCGGAAUAAGGAAUGUUAUUGAUGGAACUCAUGAUCCCGUUGCAGAAACAUUACUCGGCGGUGAGUUGGCGGGCACCAUUGUCAAAGAGCCCUUGCCGGGAAGACUGAUGUCUGCACUGCCCAUUGACAUGGAGAAUAGAAGGCGUGUCAAGUUAAUGGGGCGGAUGGUGGCAGGCUCCAUGGAAGAGGAUUUUCCAGAGGUCCCUGAGGACAGAAACAUAAAUGACAGCAACAUGGGAAAGGCUGCUCAAGUACAGCUAGUCAUGAAAGUUGAAGGAAGCUUAGGCAAUUGUCCCAAAUACAUCAAUAAGAAACGCAUCACACCAGCAAAACCUUGCCCGAAACUCAUAUCUGAUUCACCCCAGCUUCCUCAGGGGGCACUUGACCUACUUAACCGAAUAGAUACCCUCUUCGUGGCCAGCUCCCAUGCAAAUGAUUCUAUGGACUCUAAUAUCCGUGGUGGCCCACCAGGCUUUGUUCGGGUUCUCUCCAAUGAUAAUACGGGUGCUGUCAUAGUAUAUCCAGAGUACUCAGGGAACCGUUUAUACCAGACCCUUGGCAACCUCCAAACCACUCCACUUGCUGGUUAUGCGUUUCCUGAUUUUGAACUAGGGCACAUUUUAUACAUUACAGGGAAGACCGAGGUUCUGGUAGGAAACGAGGCAGCAAAGAUGCUUCCCAGAUCAAAUCUUGCUGUCAAAGUCAGCAUCACUGCCGCUAGAUAUGUGGAAAAUGGCAUUUCAUUUCGCGGGGAGGCAAUGCAGCGGUCCCCUUACAAUCCGGAGGUACGGUAUCUGACCUCUGAGAAGCCAGCCCCUGGUAGCCAACUCCCAGAUGAUGCAGACACACGCGUCACUUUGGUAAAAAAAGACGUGAUAACGCCUACUAUUAGUCGAUUUCGAUUCAAGGCGUCUGAUCCGUCAAUGGUUCUCAGAUGGAUUCCUGGCCAGUAUGCCACUGUCUCAUUCAGAGAUGAGCUUGACAUGGGAUAUAGCCAUAUGAGAGAUGAUGACCCAACAAGUAUCAAUGAUGACUAUAUUCGCACGUUCACAGUGUCAUCAUACCCUGGACGCAACCUUGCCAAAAAUGAAUUCGAAAUCACGGUCAGAAAAAAAGGAAAUGCUACCAGCCAUCUAUUUAGAGCCAGCGAAAGAAGUGGGUUGGAACUAUCGCUUCGUGGGUUUGAUGGGAGCUUUCGAUUUGAGAGUCCCGAAUCGAACCAAAACGUUGGCCAUGAUAAUUCCAUUCUUCCCUUCAUUGCCGGCGGUAUAGGAAUUACUCCUGUCCUUGCGCAACUCCCCGAUAUUGACACGUCCCGGCUAAAGCUUUUAUGGUCUGUGUCACUCAAAGAUAUCGGGCUUGUGUAUGACGUUUUUGAACAAUUCCCUACUCUACCAAAUAGCACGACCUUAUUCCUCACAUCCGGCUCUCCAACCCCAGAAAGUGACAUGGAUGAAAAUGAUAAGAAGGCACUUGACUCGGUAAUUUCUUCAGGGGCGAAAAUAGAGCGCCGUCGAUUGAUACAAGAAGACCUGUCUGCUGUACCUGAUGCUAGUGUCUGGUACCUUUGUGCGGGAACCGGGUUAAAGACGGCCGCUACCAAUUGGCUGACAGGGAAAAAGCUUUUCUAUGAAGAUUUCAACUAUUAA